AUGUUACCCACAUUGCAAUCAAUCUCUCUAUUUCAUAAUCAACUUACCGGGCCAAUACCUAAACAACUUGGAGAAUGUUCAAAUUUGCUCUACUUGGAUUUGAGUAGAAACAGUUUAAAUGGAAGCAUUCCACUUACCAUUGGAAGCUUGAUUUCGUUACAAAUGCGAUCUGAUCUCAGUCAAAAUGAGUUGAGUGGAGAAAUUCCAUCAGAUUUUGGAAAACUAAACAAACUGGAAAUAUUAAAUUUAUCUCAUAACAAGCUUUCUGGUUCAAUUCCUUUUUCAUUUGUUGAAAUGGUUAGCUUGAACAGCGUUGAUGUUUCGUUUAAUCAGUUGAGUGGUUGCAUUCCAGCAAUAGUUCAUAGGGACAUAUCUAGCAACAAUGUCUUGCUGGAUUUCGAAUAUGAAGCUCGUGUUUCUGAUUUUGGAACUGCAAGGAUUUUAAAGCCAGAUUCAUCUAAUUGGACAUCACUUGCAGGAACAUACGGAUAUGUUGCUCCAGAACUUGCCUACACAAUGAAGGUAACCGAGAAGUGUGAUGUUUAUAGCUUUGGAGUGCUCGUCCUAGAAGUGCUACAUGGGAGACACCCUUCUGAGAUCAUCGCCUUACUCUCUCAUGCUCUCCUUCCAUCGCUGUCAUCACCAUCUUCAAGUAUUCUGGGGGGAAAUAUAAUGUUAAAAGACAUCUUGGACCAGUGUGUUGGAGCACCAACGAAUGUUGUGAAGAAAGAGAUAAUGCACUUUAUGAAGGUUGGUCUCUCAUGCUUACGUGGUGAUCCACGUACUCGGCCAACAAUGCAACAAGUAUCUGCAGAGCUAUCACUGCCAGCUGAGAGUAGGCCAUCUUUUGGGAAGCCCUUUGAAACCAUUACAUUGGGAGACCUACUGAUGGGGGAUUCAUAAGAAUCAAUUAUGUGCAACUAAAUCAGUAAAGACUAAAGAGUACUAGAAUAUUGUAUAAUUGUAUUUCGUUCAAUCAAAAUCUAUUUUGUUCUUGUUUCAAAUGUUGUUUGAAGGAAUUAACUAAAACUGUUUAAGAACUUUUCAAGCAAAGUAGUACUUAUUACUAAUCACUGCAUAAAAUGGGUUUGUUGAUAGUUAAUUAGUAGAGAAGAUGUUUUAAAACAGAGUGAAGACAGAGAAAAACAGGGUAGAAAUCAGAAAUCUUAGUAAAAAACCAGAAUUAAGGCCAAGUAGAGCAAUCAGGUAGCUUCCAAUUCCAUGCUUGUGAUGAAUCCUCUCUGCUGUGAACUAAACUUGCAUUAAAUUACCUCGUAGACCUCAUUUUCUUCGCUAUCAAUAUAUUAUCGCUGAGUUUAGCGGUUCCUUUCUCCUCAUCGUGAUACUCUUGUUCCUCGCACAUAAAACCCUCCACUGUUAGGAGGCUACUAUCGUGUUCCCUCAGUAGAGCUUCCAAGAACAGAACUAUUGAAGCCAUGGGAUUAUGUUCUUGCAGGAAUAAG